AUGUCCUCUCCAAAACUUGACACACUGAUAAAUCGACUGGCCGACUUGAAGAAUCUCGACGACUUGGAUCGGUCAAGUGGGACAUCGACACCUGGUGCGGAAGUAGGAGUAGGAUUAACGAAAUCAAGUUAUCCCAAAGGCAUGAAUCCGAAAUUGAGAUAUAUAAAGCCUUAUUGGUGGCCUUAUAGGACUUUUGUAAAGCAACGAUGGUUGGGUCGACAAUUAUUGGAAGUUAUUACUACCGAGUUCAGAGAUAGGUCGAUGGAAUAUUAUAAACACGCUUUAGAUUCUGGAGUCACAAGAGUAAAUGGAGUUAUUGCAAAACCUGAUUUUGUAUUGAGAAAUGGAGACAGAAUAGAUAAUACUGUACAUCGUCAUGAACCGCCCAUAACGAAUGAUCCUAUAUUGGUACUUCAUAUCGAUAGGAAGAAGGAAUUUAUCGUAAUUUCAAAACCCGGGAGUGUGCCUGUACAUGCUACUGGACGUUAUUUCAGACAUUCGAUAUUGGAAAUGAUGAUACUGGAUUAUGGAAUAAAAUGUUUUUCUGUCAAUCGACUUGACCGUCUCACUUCAGGACUUAUGAUUCUCGCUCUAUCAGGGAAAAAAGCUGGACUUAUAUCGAAAGAAUUUGCGGAAGGAUCAGUGAAGAAAGAAUAUGUUGCUAGAGUGAAAGGAAGGUUCCCGGAAGAGGAAGUCACAGUGGAUCAGCCACUCUUAACCGUCGACAGGCAAAUGGGUUUAGUGAUCAUCACUCCGGAAGGAAAGGACGCUGUGACUAUAUUCAAGAGAAUGUCGUAUGAUGCAGAAAGGGAUCAAAGUGUCGUUAGGUGUCGACCACAGACAGGAAGGACUCACCAGAUUCGAGUACAUCUUCAAUACCUCGGACAUCCCAUAGCGAAUGAUCCAUUGUAUUCCACCUCUGAUAUAUGGGGUCCACACCUGGGUAGAGGUGGUGUAGAUCUUACCCCUUCUUCAGUUGGAACAUCUCGAGCAGAAGCAUUACAGGCUCGAGUAGGAACGUCUACUCCACAAUCUAAAUCUGUGGAUAGGGAACAUGACGAUAUAGAUUUGACUAGUCCUAUUUUAUUGAGUGAACAAGCGAGAGGUAUAAUAGGGAGGUUAAGAAAACAAAAAGAUGAGGCUGAAGAUUGGAUAAAAUGGAAAGAAGUGAUAUUUUCAGUGAAACAAGCUCGAGAUGAUCUUGAAAUCGAGACCGAAAGCAAAAUUGAACUGGACGACUCAACAUCAAAAUAUAUACCACCAAACAGAGGUCCUUCAGAGAUAUAUACAGCUAAACCACCUCUACCUGAUCCUCACGCUCCUUCGCCAUUGAAAGCACCAGCAUACCUACCACCUGGAUUCUGUCCAGAAUGUUUCGUACCAUUACCCGAUGAUCCUGAUCCCGAAACUCUCUUCAUAUACCUACACGCUCUAAGGUAUACCACACCUUCUUUAGGAACAUGGGAGACUCCUUUACCACGUUGGGCAGGAGAUGAUUGGGACGGGGAUUGGAGAGGCUGGUCUAAAGAUGCCGAAAUCAAAGAUGUCCUAAAAGAAGAUCGAGAAAUGCAAUUAAAGGAAAAAGAAGGACAAGCGUAA